GAUCAAGGUUCAUUUCGCCGAGUGUUCCACGCGCACGAGGAGGUUCCGGAGUCGUCGGAGAGGGAGAGAAAGAGAGAGAGAGACAGAGACAGAGGGAGAAGAUCCGUGACGCGAGGAUUCUGGCUGCACUUAUUCACCUUCGAUUCCCCGAAGAAGAGAUCCCGGAGCGCGGUCGCUCGAGAUGACGAUCGUUUCCGCGGCGACGAGGGUGACUGCGCGCGAGGAUGCCGCCAUCCGGCGCGCGUCGUUCGCUCGUCGCGAGGGAGGACGCACGUGCGCGCACUCGACGAUCGAACGGCGCUCCCGAGACACGCGAAGCCCCGGCAAUGAGUUGCGAGACGCCGCCGACGACGGAGUGAGCCCGGGUCCCGGAGGGAGCUCGACGCACCAGCAUAACGUGCAAUGAGUGAUAAGCAAGGUGCACCUAUUUUACCACCCCUUAAUCGGGGUGCGACUAAUAAUGGCGGAAAUAAUGGAGGUGCAGCUCAACAGACUGUCAGUCUGCAACAGGUUCUCGCUACUCAAGGCCUCAAUGUGCUCUCUACCAGCGGGCAACAGUUUGUCAUUACAAGCCAAGUUCCUGGUCUUACACAGGUCAUACCGAAUAACGUCACGACUAAUGCAAGCGGAACGCAACAAAUCGGCGUCACAAGAAUCGUCAACAUUGCGGGUACGCCACCGCGUAACGCAGGAGUGGUGGCCGGGAGUGUCAGUGUUACCGGCACAUCAUCGUCGACGGUCGGCAUGUCGCGGCCACAGAACUCCACCAAGGUAGUGUUAGCGACGUCGCCGAAACUCGUACGGACCUCAAUGGGCAACAUGUUCGUGACACCGAUGUCGUCGCAGGCGUCAUCGCCGCAGACGCGGGUGCAAUCGCCGUCGCCGUCGCCGCCGGCAAGAAAACGAUUAAAAUUAUCGGAAACGACGGAAAAGGCGGCCGCAUUCGACACCAGUGAUUAUUGUAGACGGAUACUAGAGCAUAAAAUACGGCGGAUACGUUUGGUACGCGAGAAGUACAAGGAUAAUGCAUCGGAGUUAUUCUUCUUGCACGUCGGCGGCAACAUGAUGGACUAUCACAAUUGGCUGAAACGCUCCUCGACGCCGCAAUAUUUGCAUUUUUUACGUCAGCAUCCACUGGAUCCGGACGACGAUGACGAGGAUCUGACAGCACCGUUAUCAUCGGAUUUCUCGCAGUUGUCUGCUAUCACCACUGUUGCCACUACUACCGUCGCCACUGCUAUUACUACUACUACUACCACUGCUGCUGUCACCUCCACCGUAGCAACAGUUACCGCAGGAUCGACGAUGGUACAAAUCCCGAAUCAAAGCGCGGAAGUUAAGAUUUCUGGCGCGGGCGUCACCCCGAUCGCGCUCGCCACCACCCUGCCUGCUGCGGCUUUAGCCCAGCUCAGUCAGCAAGGACAAGUACCAGGUAGGCCUCAAGGGGGCCGCCAUGGCAUGGUAUUUGCCUUCCGAGCGGCAAUCCAGUCUUCAUCGUCAGUCACCGUUCACCCUCCAUCCGUUUCUACUCUAGCACCUACGCUCAUUAUAGGUGGUACCCCGGUGGUUGCAGAAUCGUCGAAACCGACGAUUAUGAUCACCGCACCGAGUCCGGUGGUAGAAAAGCCGUCGUCAUCGAUAACCACCACCGUCACUCCGAAAACGCCUACGACAGCCGCGCUCAAUAACCCCCAACCUGUUGUUAAGCUCGUUAAGUUGUCUGCACCUACUACCGUAAUUACUUCUUGUGAUAUCACGAACAAUCAGGAGCAAAUUGUAGAAAAGGCUAAACAGGAGGCAUACGUGAUGCAGAGGAUUGCUGAAUUGCAACGUGAGGGAUUAUGGUCAGAGCGACGAUUGCCCAAAGUGCAGGAACCAACUCGACCCAAAGCCCAUUGGGAUUAUUUGUUAGAAGAGAUGGUCUGGUUGGCUGCCGAUUUCGCUCAGGAGCGUAAAUGGAAGAAGGCUGCGGCAAAAAAAUGUGCGCGAAUGGUGCAAAAGUACUUUCAGGAGAAGGCGAUUCAGGCGCAGAAGGCUGAGAAGUCUCAGGAACUUCGAUUGAAGAAAAUCGCCAGCUUCGUCGCCAAAGAAAUUAAAACUUUUUGGACGAAUGUCGAGAAGUUGGUGGAAUUCAAGCAGCAAACAAGACUGGAAGAAAAACGAAAGAAGGCGUUGGAUCAGCAUUUGAACUUCAUUGUGGGUCAAACAGAGAAAUAUUCUACAUGGUUGACAGAGGGUCUUAACAAGACAGAUGGUCCACAAAGUAUUCCAGCUUCCAUAAAUAGUUCGCGCAUUUCUUCACCAAUUCCACAAGGAAAAUGUCAUUCCGAUGAGGAAUUUCAGCCAAACCAGAGUUCAGAUGAUGAUGAGGAGACUAUAGCUAAAGCUGAAGAGGAAAUGAAAUUAACAACCAAUCAUAAGGAAGAAGUGGAAUUAUUGAAGAGAGAAUCGGAAAUACCUUUGGAAGAUCUUCUGAAGGAGUUGCCGCCAGAUUAUUUGGAGAUUUGCAACAAAAGCUCAUCGCCGCAUAACGCAACGAAUGAAGAAAAGCAAAAUGACAGCAAAGAAGCGACUGACGUGGAUGCAGAUUUCGUCGCAGCAUCUGGUGAAUCGUCGGACGAAGAAGAUACUAUCAUGGAAGAGGAGAGACUCGAGGGAGAGAUUGAUCACAAACGGGAACUCGAUGAACUUAAGGCUGACAACGAAAUGUCUAUUGAAGAACUUGCAGCCAAAUAUGCAAAUAUGUCGGACAUGUUGAUGGACGUGGACGUGGAGGCCGAAGGUACGGAUAAAGAGAACAGCGACAAGGAAGCGGCACCAGAAACCGAGGACCAAACGAGCAGUAGCGAGAACGAGAGUGAAGAGAGUGAUCGCGAGAGUGAUGGAGAAGAAGAGGUUCGGUCUCAGAGCGAAGCAGAUGUGGGACUUCAAUCUCUCCUCGAAGAUCCAUCUGAAAAACAAUCGGACAGCAGAAUUGCAGACGAUCAUUCAGACGCUCGUAACGAGAUGGAUAACGUUGCUGCGUUGGCCGAGAGUAUCCAGCCUAAGGGAAACACAUUGCUUACUACUAGUGUUGUCACUAAAAUACCCUUCCUUUUAAAACAUUCCCUUCGCGAGUAUCAGCAUAUAGGAUUGGACUGGCUUGUCACUAUGUACGACAGAAAGUUAAAUGGCAUUCUGGCAGACGAGAUGGGUUUAGGUAAAACUAUACAAACUAUCGCGCUGUUAGCACACUUGGCUUGCGAGAAGGGAAACUGGGGGCCACAUCUUAUAAUUGUACCGACCUCCGUAAUGCUCAAUUGGGAAAUGGAAUGCAAAAAGUGGUGUCCUGGAUUCAAGAUAUUGACGUAUUAUGGGACGCAAAAGGAAAGGAAACAAAAAAGAACAGGUUGGACGAAACCGAAUGCCUUCCACAUAUGCAUUACAUCUUACAAAUUAGUGAUACAGGAUCACCAAAGUUUUAGACGGAAGAAAUGGAAAUAUCUCAUCUUAGACGAAGCGCAGAAUAUUAAAAACUUUAAAUCACAGAGAUGGCAAUUGCUUUUAAACUUCCAGACACAACGGAGGUUACUUCUUACUGGCACACCUCUUCAAAACAAUUUAAUGGAACUGUGGUCCCUCAUGCACUUCCUUAUGCCUAAUGUAUUUCAAUCUCAUCGUGAAUUUAAGGAAUGGUUUAGCAAUCCUGUUGCAGGCAUGAUUGAAGGCAACAGCGAAUACAACGAGAAUAUAAUUCGUCGUCUGCACAAGGUGUUGCGGCCAUUUCUCUUACGACGAUUGAAAACCGAGGUGGAAAAACAAUUACCAAAAAAAUAUGAACAUGUGCUAAUGUGUCGUUUGUCAAAGCGUCAGAGAUUUUUGUACGAUGACUUUAUGUCGAGGGCUAAGACAAAGGAAACGCUCGCCAGCGGAAAUCUGUUGAGUGUAAUUAAUGUGUUGAUGCAAUUACGAAAAGUAUGCAAUCAUCCGAACUUGUUUGAGGUACGACCGACUGUUUCACCUUUUCAAAUGGAGGCACUCGAAUUUUUUACUGCCUCGUUGGUUUGGAGUGUGUUCGAUCACGACCCCUUUAAGCACAUCCAAUUGUCUAGCCUGAACCUUUUGCUGUUAGAUCUGGAAUCGACGCUUAAUGCAUUUGUUGCACACAGAGUGACACGAUUGCAAACGCCUAGAAAGCUUAUAGAGGAAAUAGAUAGCCAGCCAGAAUCAAUGCCGAGGUGUCCGUCCGGCCGAUUUAAGAUCAAUGUUAGAUUAUCGAAUCAAGCGAAACCAGCGCAACCGUCAAAUACACAGCAGCAAACGCCAACUAGGCUGAAGAAUCUUGCUGGAAUAAUACCCACUCCAAGAGUGGGUACGUCCCUUUCGAUAAAAUCAUUAAAUACGAGCCAGGCUGGUUCGGGACGAGGUGUUACGUUGAGAGUCGCAGGUGGUCAACAAUUGCAAGGAUAUUCCGUACAAUUAGUGCCACAUCAGGGUAGCGUGAAAGCCAUUCCCGUGGCAACACUGGGACACAAUACUCAAAGUACUACCGUGACGUCCACCACGGCAGGGACAAACGCGCAAAGAAUCACAGUGGGGAACGCUAGCCUCAGAGAUGGCAUUCAACGACUAACGACGCAGACCGUCACAGUCAAACAAGGUGAUUCCGUCCAGAGAAUAGCGGUGCCUAGUUUUGCACAGCUGGUUCGAACCUCUACCGGCGGACAUAUCCUUUUAACGUCGAAUCAACAGAGUCCUAAUACAGUUUCAUUUCCAGUCAUGACCUCCAGCGGACCUCCUGCUCGUUUCACAGUACUGAAUACCAAAUCGCUGAUGGGUCUAUCCACUUCGGCUGCCACGACAGUGAACAAGGUUGUCGGCGGUGUAGUGACGACGCCGAGCGGGCGACCCGUUAUGAGAGUGCCUCCUCUGAACGUCACUACCUCGCAGUCACCAUCGAGUGGAAGUAGCCAACAGCAAACCAGUCAACAAUCGUCAUCGAUACGCAUCACUAGACAGGCUCAGAAGGAAGCCAAUAAAGUACAGAGUAAAUCCGAACAGCCCAAAUCCGAAUUUUACUUGCCGCAGUUGGAGGAAGAAAGACGACAGAGAAGGCAGGCCAAACUGCAUCUUACAGCAAAUAUCAAUGAGCGGAGAUGCGCGGCAUGUCCACUUUACGGCGAAGAUCUUUUCAUGGCCUUGAGAAUUGGCAAGCCUACGACAGCUUGUCGCUGGCACAAUGGUUGGGUGCAUUGCGCGACGGCUAAAAAGAACAUUCAUACUCGCAAGGAAUUCUUUUCAUGCACGGAGGCGCUCGCUGAAGCCAUCAAGAGCACAGAGCAGAUUGUUGAAGAGCUAAAGGAAGUCUUUGAAAGAUUUGUGGUCCACGUGCCGGCUGUGCGCGCGCCGACGCCUCGUUUCCACGUAUCCCAUCCACCGCCUCACAAAUUGUGGGGUGAACGUCAGCUACGGACCGAACUGCAAAGACAACUGUCGCCGAAAUUGGCAUCGGUUCAUACGAUCUCGAGUCUCAUGCUCACACAAUUCCCUGAUCCCAGACUUAUUCAGUACGAUUGCGGCAAGCUACAGUCGUUGGAUCGUUUAUUGAAGAAGCUGAAGUCCGGAAAUCAUCGGGUUCUAAUAUUUACGCAAAUGACUAGGAUGUUGGAUGUUCUCGAAGCUUUUCUGAAUUUCCACGGACACAUAUAUCUACGAUUGGACGGCACCACUAGAGUGGAUCAACGUCAGAUUCUGAUGGAGAGGUUCAAUGGUGACAAGCGAAUCUUUUGCUUUAUUUUGUCAACGAGAUCUGGCGGUGUCGGUGUAAAUCUUACGGGAGCGGACACAGUAAUAUUUUAUGACAGCGACUGGAAUCCCACGAUGGACGCCCAGGCGCAGGACAGAUGCCACAGAAUAGGACAAACGCGAGAUGUACAUAUCUACAGAUUAGUCAGUGAGAAGACUGUAGAGGAGAACAUUCUGAAGAAGGCGAAUCAGAAGAGAUUACUAGGCGAUCUCGCAAUUGAAGGCGGAAACUUUACUACGGCAUAUUUCAAAAGCUCUACCAUUCAAGAUCUGUUUAAUAUCGAUCAAUCGGAGAACGAUGCGUCUACACGAAUGGCUGAAGUAUUGGAACAGACUCGAGAACGAGAAAAAGCUUGGAGCAAAGAAGCGGUAGCAGGAUCCUUUCAGAGCGGUAACUCGAAUCAGCAUACAGAGGAGAAGGCUGCCAUUGGUGCUCUCGAAAAUGCUCUUGCCGCCGCGGAGGAAGAUCUCGACGUUCAAGCUGCGAGAACUGCGAAAGCGGAAGCUGUUGCUGAUCUCGCCGAGUUUGACGAGAACAUUCCGCUGGAGGACGGCGACAAGGAUGAGACGCAGGUCAGCAAAGCGGAGCAGGAGGUUCAGAAUCUAGUGGCUCAGCUUACUCCAAUUGAGAGAUAUGCUAUGAAAUUCGUCGAGGAGGCAGAAGGCGCGUUCUCCGCGGCACAGUUAGCUGCGGCCGAACGGGAGCUCGAGGAACAGAAGAAGGAGUGGGAAUUGGACCGGUUGCGGGCGCUGCGCGAGGAGGAAGAGCGGCGGAUGCGGCUGGCCGACGACGACGAGAAGCCGCUCACGUUCGGCCGCGAGGAUGCGCAGAAUCAGGUCAAUAGCACCGCCACUAAAGGCGGCAAUUCUAAGCGAUUAGUUAGUAAGAGGCUAGCAGUACCGAGUAGAAGGGGUUUGCGUAGACGUGGCGGUAGUAGAGUAGGUCGCGCCCGUCUCGAGUCUUCGUCUGAGAGCGAAAAUGAAACCACUAGCACCGAAUCAGACUCAGAGUCACAGGAAGAGGACAUAGUCGAGGAUAGCCUCGACGAGGAAUCGAGUCACACGGAGAGUCAGAGUCAGGGGGAUGAGGAGGAAGAGGGAGAGGGAAAUGGAGGCGAGGAGAAGGAGGAGAAGAACGACGAAGAGGAAGAGGCGGGUGAGGAAAGCGAAGGCGGGAGGGCGAACGAUCGCGAUUAUUCCGAGCGAAGGGGAGGUUUCUCGAGGCGAAAGGGUCGUUUAGCAGGAUCCGGUUCCUACAGUCGAAAUCACUUCGAUCUGAAUAGCCCUCGCACUAGAUCUCGCGGAAAUGUCCACAUCAAUUUGUGGACACUGGACGUAAGUCCGAUUCUGCCCGGUGUAAAGCCAAAUCGUCGGCAGCGCAAGAAAUUUCACCGCGCUAAAUCCGAGGAAACCGUAUUCUCAUCGUCGUCGGACACGAGUCCCAAGAAAAGCGUACGUAUUAACAUGAACGCUAAGUCAGUUCAGUCCAUCAAUUUUUGUCAGAACGCGAAAAUUUCCGAGGAUGUGGAGACUGAGCGAGAUUUGACGAGAAAUGAUGUGGACUUGACUGAUUCUAAUAGCGUCGAGCAACGAACUGCUAAUUCUAACGCGGAGCGACCCGCCGACGAUCACGUAGAUCCGAUAACGCCAGUUGUUAAAACGCAAUCGGAGCAAACGAAAACGUCGGAAUUGAAUUCGGAUAAUGCGGAGAAAAAUAUGAAGGAGAAAAAUGAUGAGAAAAUCGUGAACGGCGCUAAUUUAAUAACCGUCUGUUCUGUUCAAGUAACGCGGUGCUCGCAAAAAAUGUUGUCCACUACCCAGAAAAAGUUCGAACCUGAAGUAAAUCGCAACGAGGAUGCCGAGAACCUUAACGUGAAUGUUAGCGCGAGGGAUUCUCGAUCCUCUCCGAGCGCAACACAAUCGGACGCAUCCUUGAAAUGUUCGAAAGAGUUGACGACCAAGUCCAAGUCCGAGUUUAACGUGUCAGCCAAUUCUUUGUGCAACAACGCGCGAGGAAAAUUAGCCGCCGCGACGUCGCGAGAAUCGGGAAGCACCGAAUCGUCUUCGAGCCGUUCGAUUCCCCUCUUGCGAUCGAAGACGUUGCGAAACGCAAGUCCUGACGUGGUUGUUGAAAAGAAUCCCAAAUCGGUCGCGAUAUCUCGUGUUUCAAUCGCGCAGCGGAAUUGUAAAACGAAUGCCGAUGAUUCUCGUAGUAAUCCGGUCGAGGAUGAAGAUAAGAACGGCACGCGCGAUGAUGCUAAUGACAAUACCGAAUCGAUAGUAUCCUCAACGCGAAAGUAUACUAGUCAGAGACACAAUUCGAAGAGUGAUAAUUUAAACGUCGCCUCGUCGCAAGAGACGGAAAAGGCAACAGGUGAUCCGGUGUCGAAUGCACCUGACUCUCUAGCCGCUUCGGUAAAGAGCGAAGCUAAUUUGAUCGAAUAUAAAUAUAAGAUACGAAGACUAGAAGUGACGAUUCCGCGUAGCGUGAUAACUCGUAGUUCGAAAAAUUCUUCGGCCGUCAGUAAUCAUUCCGAGGAGAGUAACGUGCGGUUAACAGACGUCAAGGUCGAGAAGGUCGAUUCGACAUCGGAGAUUAAAAGCGGGUCGCAAACGAAAACGAAUCAAGGAACACGAAAAGUUGAUACGACGGAUUCGCAGCACUCAGUCACCGAACAGAGCAGAGUCACGCGAUCGAUAGCCGCUCCGUCGACGCCUCCACCUUCAACUGGCGGUGACGAGACGACAAAUUCGAAAUUACCGGUGCCGAGACGACGACCGGACACUCCCUUUCCGCGAUCGGUCAGAAGAUCCGCGGUAAUUGAGAGCAGCACUCCUGUGAGAGUCUCGCCUGGUCGAGGCGAGAAAUACGUAACGCGAAAUUCGAAGCAGGGUCAGGACAAUGGUCUGGUGAGUCCGAUGAUAUUCAGACGCAGCAGAUCGAUACCGCCGAUGAAGCCAGACCCUAAGGAGCCGGUCGUUGUUUCGGCACCAAAAACACGCCGUCCAGACACUCCACGACCUAACGUGCCCAAUUACAACAACGAACCAGUUUCUAGAGUGACGCGCUCGGGAUUGACUUUAAAUUCCUCGGCGAAGUCGGUUUCAUCGCCGUUAUUCCUUUCUCCCACUUCCGUGCUUAAAACAAGCGUCAAGCAGUCGCGAAUCUCGCCGACGAGCAGCGAAAACGAGACUCCCACGAGUUUGGUGUCGCCGUCCUACGAGAAACCUCAGAGAACCGCCAAGGUUGUGGCUAUUCUCACUAUGGAUAUGAGAAAUCACAACAGUAACAAGACUAUUUCGGGUCAGCCCAAGUCUGCUGCUAAUUGCGAGACGAAAGGCCAGGACAAGGAGUUUCUCGUGCCGCGAUUGUCGCUGAGAAAUCAGGAGAUCGAUCGCGAGGAAGGCGAUUCGUCCGACACCAAGUCCAGGAGACUGCGCAGGGAAUCGAAACGCAAAAAUGCUACAGCGCCGGAAAACGAGGAGACUAAUUCCGACGAUAGCGACAGGGAACCGACGCAGAAGAGGUCCUUUCGCUCGCAUGUCUCUCCCUCGCCAUCCUCCUCUUCCACGGUGACACGCUCUGACAAACUGAGGAACGCCACAAUAUCUUGAGUCUCGCUAAAGUAUUGUCGCGAUAGUGUAGUCGUCGUCGAAGAGCCGAGUAUCCCUCGAGUCGGGAAUACUGUUCGAUUACUCGGUCAUGUAGUCGAUUGCUACUACUGUCUACUACUCAGUCCGCUUAUUGCGAUGCCGGUUUUGCGCUCAAUAUUUGUCGCAUGAUAUUUUCUCGUCUUGAUGCUUCUUUUAUUAAUAUUCUCUUUUGAUGUGAUAUAUAUGAGAAAUUAUCAGCAUUUCUUGCGUUAUAUAAAAAGAUAAGUUUUGUGCAUAUGCACAUAUACAUAUGUAUAUUUACGUUUUGGAACGAUAAAAUUGCAGGUGCAUUUCUUGUAGAUUUGGACGAAUAUUUUUUUAUUUAUGUUUCUUUUGUAGGACUCGAGAAAGGAAAAGUUGUUGUUUCGUAAAAAAUGAAAAAAUUAAAAAGUAAAAAAAAGAAAAAAUCGCAAUUUGUGAUAGUUUGAGGUAGAUAUCUAAACUACGCAUUUUUCAAUUUGAUCAAAUCUCUUAGAUUUCUUUUGUUAUAUAUAUAUUUUUUAUCGGAGAACUCGUUUCUCUUAUAAAGAAAUAUAAAAAUGUGAGAAGCAAAUAGUAAAAUAAGGGUAGAGAAGUAAAUUAUUGUUAUUUAUGUUGUAAAAUAACGCCAAUUAUAUUCAAGAUUAUUAUGAGAGAUUAAUAAGAGAUGCAAAAUAUCAUGAGAUAAAUGUCUGAUUGAAAGAAAUCUUAAUCUGGCAUCUUAGAGACGCCUGUGCGUUAUACGCGCGACUUGAUUAUGCGUCUUUUGUUCGUACUUAUCUCAUAUUUAGCGCUCAAUGGUUGUUUGUAUUUCACUUUGAAGUGAACAUGGCAAUUUUUAUCAAAAAACAUUUAAUAAAAGGUUUUAAAUGAACUAUAUAAUCAUUAAAUGAAAUUAAAUUACAUAAUUAUACAUAAAUAAAAUCAAUUUAUCAAUUAAAUCAUGAGACUAAAAUUUCGAAUCAAGGAAAUUGUACAGUAUGCAUAAUCGAGAAACAACAUUUAUGAACAAGAAUUUAUACAUGAGAGAGAGAAUCUGAAAAAUAAGAGAAAACAAACACGUUUAGCGCUAACGUGAGACACGAGUACGCAUCUUUGUACAUAAUCACAUUACGAUUACGAUAAACAAUGCGUUUCCUUUUUGGAUUGUAUCGCGGGUACACGUGUAAUAUUUGUAGCGUUGUAAAUUGCGUGUCUCCGAUCCCGCCUGCCCACUCUCUUAUCUCAUUUUAUUUUAUUUCAUUUUAUUUUAAUUUUUUUGUUUUUAAGGUAGGAUCUGUUUCUUCUGACUGCACUUUUCUAUGGUCUCUGAUCUGUUUCGCGUUCGCCUCUCAUUUCCGCUAAAUAUCUCGUGUUGAAUUUAAAAGAAAAAAUAAAAAAAUAGAAAAGUGCAGACGGCAAAGGUGGAUUUUUAGGCGCGCGUGCAUGACGAUUUAUAUAAAACGGUGUGACAAGUGAAACAGAUGUAUGUAUUAUAUUAGGGAGAAACGAACUAGUGUAAAACAUUAAUCGAGCGAUUCUCUAGUGCGCCAUAUGAAACUAUUCAUACAAACACACAUACACGGAUGAGAAACGGAAUAAGGAUAUAAAGAAGUGUACGAGAUAAAGUGCGUGAUUCGAUUCCACUUUAAUUAGUUGUUUCGGUGGUUAAGUCUGAAUUUAAUGAGUAAAAUUAUAAAGGAAAUUUUGAUAUAUGGCGUGGAUUUAAUUAAUAAUGAUCAGGGUUGCGUGGUUUAGCUGCUGUUUAUUCGCGAGAAAAGAAAUUUCAGUUAUGCUGUCUUAAACUACGUAAGUCACAGAACAUUAUAUUACGUAUUAUCGAAUGCAUAAGGAUAUCCUUGCUCCGCUCUUACUACCCUUGCUCCUCUUCCUCCUCCUGACACACACAUGCACAUAAUGUAAUAUUUAAGUUGCGUGCCUGUAUUUUGUAUGAUCGAGCGAGAGUUCGAAGAAGAUGAAAAAAAAUAAACGAGAUAUUCCUUGCUAUAUA